GGCGGCGGCGGUGGCGCCGCCCGCGCGGGGGACGAUGCCGCGGCCCGAGUCCGCGGAGGCCGCCGGUGCGCGCUGCCCGCGUCGGGAACACUGAAUAUGGCCCCAUGGCAAUGCUAGGUCUGUGAUGGGGAGUGUCACGGCGCGUUACUUCUGUUAUGGAUGCCUUUUCACGUCUGCCACCUGGACGGUCGUGCUUUUCGUUUACUUCAACUUUAGUGAAGUGACUCAGCCAUGGAAGAAUGUGCCCAUCAAGGGGUCCGGGCCCCAUGGACCUGUCCCCAAAAAGUUCUAUCCUCGAUUCACUCGAGGUCCAAAUCGAGUAUUGGAGUCACAGUUCAGAGCAAACAAAAUCGACAAUGUGGUUGGCAAUCAUAUUGAAGAUAUGGAAAAAGACAGCCUGAAGUUGUCUUCUGAAUUGGGUAUGAUUUUUAAUGAACGAGAUCAGGAGCUGAGGGACUUGGGCUAUCAGAAACACGCCUUCAACUUGCUCAUCAGUAACCGCCUGGGCUACCAUAGAGAAGUACCGGACACAAGGAAUGCCGCGUGCAAGGACCAGUCUUACCCUGCCGACCUGCCGGUGGCCAGUGUCGUCAUUUGUUUCUACAACGAAGCUUUGUCUGCCCUGCUGCGGACAGUGCACAGUGUUCUGGACCGUACACCGCCCCAGUUGCUGCACGAAAUUAUCCUGGUGGACGAUGACAGCGACUUUGAUGAUUUGAAAGGAGAAUUGGACCAGUAUGCCCAAAAGUACCUCCCUGGAAAAGUCAGAAUCAUCAGGAAUGAGCAGCGCGAGGGGUUGAUCCGUGGACGGAUGAUCGGAGCAGCUCACGCUACUGGGGAAGUCCUGGUGUUUCUGGACAGCCACUGUGAGGUGAAUGCUAUGUGGCUGCAGCCGCUGCUGGCCGCCAUCCACCAGGACCGUCACACCGUGGUGUGUCCUGUGAUCGACAUCAUCAGCGCCGACACGCUGGCUUACAGCUCAUCCCCUGUGGUGCGGGGCGGCUUCAAUUGGGGGCUGCACUUCAAGUGGGACCUGGUUCCCCCCUCGGAACUAAGCAGGCCAGAGGGAGCUACUGCCCCCAUCAAGUCGCCCACAAUGGCCGGAGGACUAUUUGCCAUGAAUCGGCACUACUUCAAUGAGCUUGGACAGUACGAUAGCGGCAUGGAUAUAUGGGGAGGAGAAAACUUAGAAAUAUCAUUUCGGAUCUGGAUGUGCGGUGGGAAGCUCUUCAUCAUCCCGUGCUCACGAGUGGGCCACAUCUUCCGGAAGAGGCGCCCCUACGGCUCCCCCGCAGGCCAGGAUACCAUGGCGCACAACUCGCUGCGGCUGGCCCACGUCUGGCUGGACGAGUACAAGGAGCAGUAUUUUUCCUUGAGGCCUUAUCUGAGGACCAAAAGCUAUGGAAAUAUCGACGAGCGUGUUGAACUAAGGAAGAAGUUGGGUUGUAAAUCGUUUCAGUGGUACUUGGAUAACAUUUACCCAGAGAUGCAGGUAUCUGGACCAAACGCCAAACCUCAGCAGCCCCUUUUCAUCAACAGAGGACCCAAGCGCCCCAAAGUCCUUCAGCGUGGACGGCUCCGUCACCUCCAGUCCAGCUUGUGUCUGGUGGCCCGGGGCCACCCGAGUCAAAAGGGAGGCCUCGUGGUGCUCAAGGCCUGCGAUGACACAGACCCCAGCCAGGUCUGGACGUACAAUGAAGAACAUGAGCUGGUGUUAAACAAUCUCCUUUGCCUGGACAUGCCUGAAACCCGCUCAUCAGAUCCACCAUGGCUUAUGAAAUGCCACGGGGCUGGGGGCUCCCAGCAGUGGACUUUCGGGAAGAACAACCGGCUAUACCAAGUGUCCUUCGGGCAGUGCCUCAAAGGGGUUGACCCCCUCAGCUCCAAGGGCUUUGUUGCCAUGGCAAUCUGUGACGGCUCCCCCAUGCAGCAGUGGCGUUUGGAAGGCUGAGGAGUGCCGUGGGCCGUCAGGUGCAGAAACUCCGGACAAGGUUGCCCAAGUGAGCUCUGGCAAGAACUGGAGCUUGUCAACGGGCUGUGGAGUGCAGGACCAGCCAGGGACAUGCUGUGUCUGUGGUAUUGGGACAGCUUACGUGGAGCUUGUUGGAUUUUUUUGCUGUCCUCACGGGAGGUGAUGUGUUCUCUCUCAACUGAUGAUUUUUAAGUGAAUGAAACCUUAGUACUUUUAAAUCUCAGAAGAAGCAUUAUUUGUAAAAAGAUAUUUAAGAGUCAGUUAACGAUUAUAAAUUAUUUUGAUGAAUUAUCUACAUUAAGAAUAAAGAAUCCUUUUGAUUACUUA